AUGUUUAGUAGUAAUCCUUCCAACACGCAGGCUACUGUGCUUGACGAUGAUGAUUUUGUGUUCAAUUUGACAGAUUUUGAAUUUAACGCAAAUUUAGCGGAAACUAUCAAAGAAUCACGUCCUGAAUUUUCAAAAAGUAUUCAAUAUCGUCAUCGGGAGGUUACUGAUAUCAACCAUGAUCAGCACCACCUCUCGGAAGAUUAUUGGCUCUACGUUUCAGAGUUUAUUCCAUUAUUUGAUUUUAAUCGGUUUUGUUUAGUUUGCACAGCCUUUUCUGAAAUAAUGACCUACAAUAGGAGGUAUCUAGUGUUGAAGAAGAUUUCAAAGGAUUACAAGUCGGUACUGAUAAGCUCGCCUAAUGUAAACGCGGACUCAAUUAUUGCAUUAACUGUGGAAAGAUCUCCCAGUGAUGAUCCCAAUUUCUCCAAAGCACUACAAUUUGAUAUUUUCGACUUUUUAAUUCGUACAGGGAAGUAUCAACGAAAUUUAUUCAAAUAUUUGAAAGCAGACCACAAGUAUUGCGAUUUAUCUUUCGAGCUCACUGAUGACAUCUAUCUGAGACCUCUGCAAGAAGAUACCAUUUUUGAAUGUAUUGAAGAUUUUAAACAUUACACUCCUGAGCGUUUACUUGAUGACAAAGAGUUCAUUCUUAAAAAGGCGUUUAAAGCAUCUCGUGAAAGCCCAAAUUGCUACAUAGCUUUAUCCACUAGACUUAGAUCUGACAAGGAUGUCAUGAUUGCUGCUAUGAAACAUAAUGGUGCUCUUCUGAAUCAUAUACCCUAUGGUGCCACUAUUGAUAAUGAUGUACUCAAAGCAGUCCUUUCUUGUAAGCCGAGCCGCAACCAUCUUCUCCACAAUGAAUAUGGACAAGGUAUCAGAUUUUCCAAGCUUCGUCGGCAUGUUUUGUACCAUUACUUUUCUAGAGGUGAAAUGAUCGAUAGAGAAAUUUUACGUGUUGCCUUCAAGAAAGAAAAGCUAAACGUGGUGACCGAAUUGGUUGCAAUUACUAAAUUGCCCAAGGAUAUUAUGCUGGAUGCUUUACAGGUUACAUUUUUCACUCUUAGAAAUUUCAAAAUGGCCUAUCAAUUAUUAGAGAAAUACUUUUACGCUUAUUUUCAUGUUGGCACUGAGAAUGUAGAGAAUGUGCAUCUUGAUCCGUAUGGAUAUUUUUAUAAUAAUUUUAGAGAACCAAUGGAUGGUAUGGAAGGGUAUCCACCAUUCAGAAAGUGGAACAUGAUGGAGAUUGUUGAACGCUUGAUGGAAAAAGAUCAUGGCUAUUUCAAAUUUUUUAUGUCCGAUUCUUUCUCUGCUCCAACUAUUCAGUAUUUAAUGAGAUACAUGAAGAGUGGAAGAAUGGCACCUGCCCUCGCCAAACAUAUUUUAUGCAAGACAUUAGAAUCAAAGUGUGUCGAUGAAACUGCAAAGAAAAUGGCCUCAGACCUUGUCACAUUUGCAUUUAGUGACAAGUCUAUUGUUACCAAAAUGGUUUCCUUUUAUCCAAAACUUUUUUCACAGCUUCCUGAAGAGCUUAAGACACAUUCAACCAUUAUUCAUGCAUGCUUACCUUAUACCUUGGAUUUUGUGCCUGAAAAUGAAAGAACUGAAGAAUUUUAUUUAAAAGUAUGGAACAAGCAACACAGACUAUUUUACAGACGGAGUAGAGACCGGCCAAAAUUGGUACAUGACAUCAUAUUUUCAACCAAUGUGGAGACUGGAAAACUCAUUGUGAGAGAUCAUGUAUUGAAAUACUCUAACUUUUUACGCUAUCUUCAAACAGCUCAAUUUGACGGAGUUUCUAAUAUUGAAGAUGUGAUCACUCCUUCUCAAGUGGUCACUCUACUAAAAUCAUCACCAACUAGAUAUGUACACUCCCUUCACAACGUUCCCCACAUGUCACACGAUGAAGUUAUUAUUGAGCUUGUGAAGAUAUCAGUCCAUAACCAUUUUUCACGCCUGUAUUCUGUUGAUCCUGAUCUGAUAGUACCGUUGAUUACCAAAGAUUUUAUCAUUCGAGCAACCUUUACCUAUAAUCCUUGGUAUUCCAGUAACAUGGUCAGAUUUCUUUGGGAUAGGGAUAUGAUUGUCUUGAAAAAGAUAUUUGAACGAACCGGUGCAGAGAAAUUAAAUAAGGAAAUUGCAGAGUCUCUUGUCCAUUUAGUGUCAGGAGUAGACGAGCUAGUAGAACUAGUGUUAGCAUGUCCAAAGAGUUUACAAUAUUUCUCUGAUGCCAUGCAAAACAAAAUUGGUAGAUCUUUGGAAACGAACAAGACAGAAAACUAG